CAGACCAGUCAGGGGAAGCAGGCCUGCCCUGGGUUCAGAGAUGCAGUGUUAGAUUGGAUGUGAAGAGGCCUUUGAGAGAGACAUGGGGCUCAGAGUAAAGAGAUGUGAGGAGAGAUUGACGGGGGUCAACGGCAGCCCUCUCAGAGGUCACAGGCAGGGUCAGAAAAAAGUGACCAGUUGUUCUUUAUGGCGGAGAUCUUUACGAUGUGGUUGGAGCUGUUGGGAGACCACCAAUUGUCCUUUCACAUGUUACUGGAGGAAGCCUUUGGUCAACUGAUGGCAGGUCAAAUUUGAGGCCACAGUGCCCUGCCCACCCACAAUCCAAAACCUCCGACAACCAGUUUAUGGGAGGGACCAGCCUUUCAACAUUUAACCACUGCGCAGCAAGAGGCCAAGACGCGCUAUGAGUAAGAGGGCUUUUUAAACCUGGAAUUACUUGAGGCUACAUUGAGCUACGUAUGGGGAACAAUAUUUUCUCUUGAAAUAAACAUCCAAAUGGCAAUAGUUAGGACCUAAUAGUUUUCCACUGGACUUGUAUGAUGGAUCUCGGCGACUCUUUUGGUUGCGUACCUUUUGGAUACUCUAAGGAAGACCUUCACACUUCAACACACCUGCUGUAAUUGUAGUAUAGAUAGGCCUACCAUUUUCCUCAUAUGUGUACCAUGAUGUGUUUCUCCUGAACACUUUGAAGAAGGUGUUUCACAUCUGAAAGUUGGUGUGUGAAUGGAAUCAAACUCAUAAACUAACAAGGGACACAGAGUGGACAGGUCAAGCGGAUAUCCGAAACCAGGGGACUCUGUUGGAUUACUUUGGACCCGUUGGUCUCUUGCUCUCCGUGAAGAAAUACAUGUGGAAUUGGAUUACAUAACAAGAACAUGUAUGGAAUAAAUCAGCGCUGUAUUUACAUAUCUUUUCAUUUCUUCGUGCUGUGGUGCCAUGCUCAGGGGGAGAAUCACCCGUCUCCUAAUUUUAACCAGUAUGUGAGGGAGCAGGGCGCAGUGACGGACCAGUUUAGCCGGCGACAGGUCAGGGUUUACCAACUAUACAGCCGGACCAGCGGGAAGCACGUCCAGAUACAGGGCAAGAGGGUCACUGCCACUGCUGAGGACGGCAACAAUUACGCACGUCUCUUUGUAGAAACGGACACCUUUGGCAGUCGGGUUCGGAUCAAAGGUGCAGAGAGUGGACGUUACCUCUGUAUGACCGGGAAGGGGAAACUAGUUGGAAAGCUUAAUGGAAGAAGCAGGGAUUGUAUCUUCACAGAGAUUGUUCUGGAGAACAAUUACACUGCCUUCCAGAAUGCCAAGUAUGAGGGCUGGUAUGUGGCUUUCACUAGGAAAGGUAGACCCAUCAAAGCCUCAAAGACGAGGGAGAACCAGAGAGAGGUCCAUUUCAUCAAGAGGCUACACAAGGGCCCACUACCUUUCCCCAACAUGGAUAGAAUCAAACACUUUGAGUUCAUCAGUUUUCCCCCCACCCGUCGCGCAAAACGGAACAGGAAAUCACAGGCUGCUGCCUAGUACAGAACAAAUUGGACUCAUAUUAUUGAGUAAAAAUAUGGAACUUUAUAUUUUUAAUACGCGAAGAUACUUAAAAUGCUCAAAAGUCUAAAGGAUUAUUGUUGUAAAAUGAUCCCAUGUAAAUAAUGUAAGAGAGUAAAUGAGAUUGAUGUAUAUAUUUAAUAUGACUGUGUUUGUGGUUUUUUUUAUCUUUUGGAGUGGUGAUGCGACAGAGAGGAAAUAGGUACAUUAAUAAACAUGUUCAACUUGGUUAGCACAAAAUUUAAGCGUGACAAAUGCAACAUCUUACCUUUAGAUCAUGUCUCUUAAAUGACUAAUUUCUUGGUACGUGUGCUGAAAUAGAUUUCUGAGUUCACAAAACCUCUUCAGAAAUUUUGCAGAUCAGUGUGCACAACAGGUGCAUCCAUUUUUAUCCAGUAUAAAAAUCAAUAGCCAAGUGGCAUACGAUUCUAACAAACGGCUAUGCAAAGACAAUAUUAAUUUCUCAGGCUCAAAUCUUCAAUUUAUUUACUGAUAUGUAGCCUAGCUACUUUACUUUUGGUCAUGAAUAUGAAUUCAUUGCUUACUAUCAAAGUGAGUCAUGCACUUAUACUUACUCAAUUCCAUGAUAUUAAUUAUGUUGCCUUAACCCUAUAUUUCAAAAGAGCAACAACACCAAUCAAACCCAUAACACCAUUCGUGUUCUGUGUAGGAUGAAUUUGUUAUGCAAAAACAAAUAACAAAGCAUCAAAUUAUUCCAAAUGAUUAAUCACAUGGAUUUACGGUAAUGUUAUGACAGACCAAAAAUGAUAUUGCACUAACCCCUUUACCAAGGAAUAGGCCAGUAAUAUUGAGAUUAUCGCUUGUAAUAAAGUUGGCAAGGAAGUAAGACAUGGGUAUUAACAUACAUUUUCCUUAAUAGCAAGACAUGUGGUCAUGUUUAUGUAAUAUAAAUUAGAUCUAUUUUCAACCUGAUGACAGAUCAUUUUUUAGGAAAACCAUUUGUCAAUGUAGGCCUAAUGAAAGCCACUAUCUAAAUGGCCCCACUGGAGAGGUGCUGAUCCAUCCACCCCCCACAUCUGUCUUUUAUUUCAAUCAUCGCCAAAAGUCAGAUAAGGGCAUCUGAUUAAACACGGACCACAUUGAUAUACCCUGCUAAUGCUAUUAUAGGGACAGAAUACAUUUGAUCCCCAUCCUUUGGUAAUAGUUCUCAAAUAAAAUAGCCUGUUGGCACAUGCAAAUGUAGCUCAAUGGAACAAGUAUCCUAAUUACAGUGUCCCCCGUAAUUAGUGGUCUAUAAUGUCAGUUUUGUUCUUUUGGGGGGGUAACCUGCAAAUACUGAGAUGUUUAAAUUGGAGUAACGGUUCACUCUAGUGGUUAUCAUUGUAUACUGCAACGGUAAUUGUCCCAUUGGGUUUAUCGAGAGUCAUUUUCUGAUUGAUUCAGGUGCUUUUGGUAGGAUAAGCCAGAGCUUCCGGUAUAUAAUAACUCUAGAUCAGCCCAAUGGGGCAAUUACCGUUUUCAAUUACCGUUAUA